ACACUCGCUGGGAAUGGCGGAGGGAGAGGUAAACCAAGAUUUCAUGUUCAAGAUGGAGAGUCCAUCAGACUCAGCUGUGAUUUUACCUAGCACUCCACAGGCCUGUGCGAAUCCACCAUCUCCCCAUACCAAUAGUUCACGAAAACAACCUAUGAGCGCAACACUUAGAGAAAGAUUAAGGAAAACAAGAUCUUCAUUUAAUUUCCGUUAUAGUGUGGUAAAACGUCUUAAAAUAGAGAAUGAAGAAAAUGAUCAGAGUUCUUCAGAGAAACCAUCUUCAACAGAACAAAACUGCUUGGAAUUUCAGGAAAGUUUUAAACACAUAGACAGUGAAUUUGAAGAAAGUACAUAUUUGAAAAAUACCGUCAAGAAUAUCAAUGCAUGUGAAUCUAAAUCACUUGAUACUGGGUCAUGCAGUGCUCUCCAAAGUGAUUUUGUGAAUGAGACUCUUUGUAAAGAAGGGUUAAAUGAAGAAAAGGCAAAAUUGGUGAAGCAGGUUCAGGAGAAAGAAGACCUUCUUCGCAGGCUAAAACUAGUGAAAAUGUAUAGAUCAAAGAGUGACCUGUCUCAGUUACAGUUGUUAAUAAGGAAGUGGAGAAGCUGCAGCCAGCUGUUGCUUUAUGAGUUGCAGUCGGCUAUGUCUGAAGAGAACAAGAAACUAAGCCUUACUCAAUUGAUAGACCACUAUGGGUUAGAUGAUAAAUUGCUACACUACAACAGAAGUGAAGAAGAAUUUAUAGGUGUUUAAUAUUUUUUCCUCCAGAAUAUCUUUGAGAAUGAUAACUUAAUUAAAAGAUACUUAUACAUUUUAAAUGGAAGAUAUAAACCAUUAGGGCUUAGAGGAAGGUAUCUUGAUGAACAUUAGUUUAGAACAUUCUUGUAUAUAAAUAUAAAAUAAGUUCUAAAAUGAAAUUUUAGUAUAUUGGAUAGAUUUACCAAAGAAAACUUGACAUUUAAAGAAAUGUGAAAAAAAAAAUUAAAUCAUGUUUAAAAAGUAAUUUGAACAAUUCUGGAAGCUAGUUUUAAUACAUUUUUUUAUGGCAAAAUUUUAUUUUAAAUGUUAAAAAAUAGUCCAAUCUUGUGAAUGUGUAAACCUAAACUGGUCUAAAAAUGUUUACCCCUCUCCUAAAUUUAUGAACCUUGUUUCCAUCCAUUUACUACAUAUUUCCAUCUGAUAACCUAGCAGGUAACUAAACUGAUGUGCCCAAAAUUA